GUUGUCGAAUGAUCAGGUUGUACAUAGACCUCGACAAUUUGAAGCGAGUUGACACGGGCCGGCCGCACUUUCCAAUGUCGCUUCUGUCCCGUAGCGUCGGGAAGCGCUGGGACUCCCCCUCCUAGGCCAGUUCGGAACGAGUAGGGCGUCUCACAAGGAGUCUUCUUGCCACUCAACCGAACUCAAUCAGACCCUGCUAGCUCCCAUAGCGCUCUAGCGAUCUUUCUAGUGUUAGAACCAUGUCGCUCCUCGGAACGGCAGCGAACAUCAUCACCGACACGGCUGAUACUCUGACCGGCACGUCUCCGGCGACGCCAACACCGACAAUUAGAACACCCACCCCAACGACAAGGACACCAACUCCAACGACGAGGACACCCACCCCAACGACGAGGACUCCAACACCCGCCACGCCUGCGCCCGUCGCGACCACAGCAACGCCGAUAGCGACUACCGCAACAACCGCAACUAUUUCAUCGGCGUCCACAACUAGUACAUCGGCCCCUUCAUCAGACACAUCAACCACUAACGCAGUUUCAGAAGCGCAGUCCACAUCUGCUCCAGCUUCGAGUUCAAGGUCUGGCGGUGUUCCCGAAACUUCAGCUCCAGCGUCGGCUACGGCGAACGCAAACGCGUCGACAACGGUGAUCAUUAACGUGAAUUCCCAUUCCGGUGACAGCGAUGCAUCGUCAGGACUCACUACUGUAGAAAGCAGCGAGACAGGUAUCAGCACAGGAGCCGUCGUCGGCAUCGUCGCCGGUGCAGUUGUAUUCGUCCUGUUAAUCGCGGGGCUUGCUUUCUGGUUGUAUCGCCGUAGGAAACAGAAAAUGACUCCACGAUCGCCCUCGUUCGAUGCCUCGUACGCUAUGGCGCCGAUCACUCUCCCUGCUGCUGAGCCUGUUGUUUUGGAGAGCUACACGCCAUCGCCCGCGAUUGCGAUUCACGAUCUCAACAACUUUGACAGGACAGUAGACCUAGACAGCACAAGGAACCUGGACUCCACACUGCGUCUCGAUAGCAGUGCAGCCUCGAUUCCAUCUACAAAGAAGACCACUAAGACUGGAUCUACUUUGUGGGAGGAUGAAGCCAUCUUGGCUGCUCGUAUCCCGAUGGAGAAGCUGAUUCGUAAGGAACUAGUCAACGAAGGAGGCCACGGCGCUGUCUAUCACGGUCUGUACCGCGGCGAGUGCGUGGCAAUCAAGGUCUUGCUGCCAGACAAGAGGAAGGAUAUGCGUCAGAUCAACAUCUUUCUAUCGGAGAUCAAGAUGAUGGCGAGCGUAGAGCACCCGCGCAUCGUGCGCUUCGUCGGUGUGGCGUGGGACGCGCUCACGGAUCUCUGCGCUGUCUCCGAAUUCAUGCCCGGCGGCGACCUGUUCUCGCUUUUACGGCGCUUUGAUCGGGUAGACCACCGGCCUCAGGGAUUCGACGAGGAUAAGGCCAAGAUCGCGCUGCAUGUAGCACAGGCGUUGACGUAUCUACACUCUCUGGACCCUAUUAUACUGCAUCGUGACCUCAAGUCGAUGAACAUUCUGCUUUCGGACGACUGGGACGCCAAGCUCACGGACUUCGGCGUCUCGCGCAAGUGGACGGUGGAAACUAUGACCGCUGGAGUGGGUACGAGACGCUGGAUGGCCCCUGAGGUCAUGAUGGGCAAGCAUUACGACACCAGCGCCGACAUCUUCUCAUUCGGCGUCGUCUUGUCGGAGCUGGACUCGCACCAGCCUCCGUACGCGAGUGCGAUCACUUCUAUUACGUCUGAGUCGGGCGAGAAGGUGACGGAGACGGCGCUGAUGGAGAUGGUGGCCAUGGGUCGCGUCCGCAUCGAGUUCUCGUCCAACGCACCUGCGGCGCUGGUGAAUCUUGGCCACGCCUGCGUGGACCUGAACCCGAGGGCGCGCCCCAGCGCCGGCGAGUUGCAUUACCAACUACAGAAGAUCCUGCGCAGGUACCAGAAGUAUACGCUCUAGUGUAAAAUAAUAUGGAUCGGCAUCCUUGCCGAGCUACUAGAGACACCAACCUCGACUGCAGCGCUGCAGUCGGCGUACCAAACUGCUAAAAUGAGUAAUUCCACUUCAACUUGUCCAUUUAAUUGCCC